AAGCAAUUUUCCCCCAUCACCCAUACGUUGCAACAGAUCAUGGCUGCUSCAGAAGAAAUGGAACGAAUGUUCGCGGCGAACUUCCUGGAAGGAGAAGAGUAUUCUAGGGAAGGAGAUUCGUCCGAACUUGCGAGGGCGAGAGCUGAGYUGGCCGCAUUACAGAACAAGUUUGAAAAUAUGGGAUUUGUGUCUGGCCCAGUCACCUAUCUAGAACAGGAAAGCAAAAAAGAACAGCGGGAGCACAACGCUCGGUUGGAAGCCAUGAUGAGAAACAUGAGGCCCAUCGCGGUGCGUGCCCCUCCGAUUCAACAAGGACUGGCCCCGACGCCUGUUCUCGGAGGAGCCGCAAGCAAUCUGAAUGUCUGUUACGCAUGCCACCAACCAGGGCAUCUAGCCCGUGAUUGCCCCCACCGACCCCCGCAACAACGGGUUGGAGUUGCACCAAUGGCCGCAGCUCCUAUCGCUAACGGACCAGGACGAGUGGGAGCCCUGAUGGAAGAAAUAGAAGCUGGGGGAAGUGCGCUGGCAACCACAGAAGAAGCCGCCGAGCUCAUCCCGUUAGAUCAGUAUGUAUCGCUUGGAUAUCCUGGGCUUGGAAUGAUUGGAAUGAUCAGACCAGCGCCGGAACCGAAGGAAGUGGCGGAGUGGCGACCUUCUCCCGAAGAAAUGGAGUCGGGAGGACCCACCUUCGUCACAGGGGAAAUCGACGUGCUGAACAUCAUCAGAGCCUUGGAUCAUCGGAUUCCACUUCCGAUCGGCAAUCUGCUCUCGAUCUCAGAGCAAGCUAAUGAGCGGAUGCUACAACACUGUAAGGCGAACCGAAAACAAUUCGCCCUCACCCGAGCCAUGAACGUAAAAGCCAAAAGUCCCAUGCCAGAAGAAAACAGGGCUGGCGCGACGGAUCCAAUACGGGUGGGAUUAAUACAGAAGGAUGACCAUUUCUUGCGAAUUAAACCCAUCYCGUGGAAAUCUGCAGAAUGCGAUAUUGAAAUCUGGGGGAUUUCGUACARCGCAAUCAUUGAUUCGGGAGCUGGUGUUUUGGCUAUCUCACUGAGAGUAGUUGAGAGGGCAGACGAACUCGGAAUAAAGAUUGCAACUAAAACGGUGCCAUGGCAAGAUAUCUGCGAUGGGAUCACCCCGGAAGGACACGUGGCCAUCCGGGAGGAAGAUGCCCAGAUGAUGGCCACGGUGUUCUCUUGGCGAUCGGACCAUUCGUUCAUCUCCGCGCCACCGCCCGAUGUGGCGAAACAAGCGCGCACGAAACAGAUCGACGAACGGAUCUGGGAUCARCUAUUUGAGUUACAUGUCCCACAGUACGUACCUGAUGAGAUUCACCAUUUGAUUGCAGGCAUUCUGACAGAAUAUCAGGGAGCGAUUAGCGUGACCGACACAGACAUUGGCUUGUCGUUGGUUAUUCAACACGAAAUUCAAACGGGAAAUCAUUCCCCCAUCCACUGCAAGCCUUACCGAUACUCCCUGAUAGAACGGAAAAAGACUUUCGAACGAAUUCGGGAAUUCGAAGCAAGCGGGUGGAUUGAACCUGCCAUCGGACCAUGGUCAUUUCCAUUAGUGCUAGUACCGAAGAAAAACGAAUCAAUUCGUAUAUGCAUCGAUUAUCGCAAACUGAAUGAAAUCACGAUUAAAGAUGUGUAUCCCCUCCCCCGGAUUGAUGAUUUGCUGGAUGCGAUUGGAUGCGCUAAUUAUUUUAGCAAAUUUGAUAUUCGGCAUGGAUUCCAUCACAUUCUGGUUAAGGAGGAAGAUCGGCCAAAGACGGCCUUCGUGCUGUUCGAGGGCACGUGGCAGUGGGUUCAGUGUCCGAUGGGGAUUUGCAACGCGCUUGCCACGUUUCAGCGAGCGAUGAACAUGACAUUCCAGAACUUCGUCAACAAGACACGGCUAACUCAGGGAAUGAUCAACUUCUGCGUGAUUGUAUACAUGGAUGACAUCCUUGUCUACUCGGAGACCUAUCAUGGGCAUGCACAACACAUUGAGUGGACGCUGGGAGCAUUGAGGGACGCUGGGUUCAAGAUCGCACUCGAGAAUAGCGAAUUUUUCCUCUCGGAAAUUUCGUUCUUGGGCUACGUCGUGACACGUGGAGGAUUGCGGCCUGACUCGAGAAAGGUCGCGGCGGUGAGAGAAGCUCCAGUUCCCACGUCGCUGACGCAGCUGGCCAACGAUCUCCCUCUUGAGAUCGUCUCGCAGAGCGACGACAGCCCGGUCCCGCACGUUCUUACGCGGACCUUGGCGCCAUAUCUUCAGUGGUCGGCGUGCUUGGAGGAACCGGGGAGCCACCGCAACCCCCCAUCACAGCGCGGUUACCUGGACCCGCACGAGAUAGUCGAUCUCGCCUUCUUCCAAGAUCGGACGACUUYCGAGAACGAGGAGAUAGAGAUUGAAGUGGAAGAAGGAAGCUCGGAAGAAGAAGAAGAAGCCGAAGAAGAGGCCGACGAGGAAGAAACUCCCGAAGAAGGGAGUUACAGUGAGCACAGCGAAGGGGAGCAAAGUAAGGAGGAGGAGGAGGAAGAACAAGACGAUGACGAAGAAGAAGAAGAAGAUCAGGAGGAAGUAGAGGAGUCGGAGUACGAAGGAUUUGAAGAGGAGGUGCGUGACGAGGCUCGGGCCCAGGCCCAGGCGCAGAAGAGAGAAGAAAUCGCGGACGGGAAGAGACAGUUGGAAUUCGCCAGCGCAGCCGGCCAGCCCCUCACCGACGAUCCGGCCCGGGAUCCAGAGCCACCUAAGCCUGAGGAUGGAGAGACAGCUGUCGAGACUUCGGUUGCACCAGCAAGACGGAGACGGAGCCGAUCCCCCUCCCCCUCCACCACCGACCGCCCAUCAACUUGUCCACGUACCAAUGCGGGGCAUCGGGCUUCGUCCCCGGUCCUUAUCCCGCCGUUCCCUUGAUCACCUCUCCUUCCGCCAGAUCACCGCCCGCGUCACUUUCCCCCCCCAAUCCCUUCCCAAUCGAUACCUUCCGCUUCUUCUACACUACCCGUCUCGCUGUCACUAUUCAUCCCCACACUUCCACCCGAUGUGCCCGCCCUGUCUUCUGCCUCCAUAUCCUUUUCCUUAGUGCGGCGUGGUGAGGCCACAAUAUGAUCAAGGUAUACUGCAUGAUUACGGGGACUAUCCCCGCAUGCGAGAACCACAAUCA